AUGACAAUGAGCACCUCUAGCCAAGUGGGUGCACGAGGAAGAAACGGCAAAAUCAUUCGAAUUACACGGGACACUGAUACUUCUACAUCGACUCCGAUGAAUCCCCCAGAGAGGAUUCGACCGACAGCUUCAAGGAGAAGAAGACGUAUGAUUAUUGAAGACGAUGAUGAGGGACAUAAUGAUCAGGGGGAGCCUUCUACAGUGCAUGAGGAAGAUGUGGUACAUGAGCAUAUGGUGCACGAGCAGGUGGAUGUACAUGAGCAGGAGGAGGCUGCACCUGCUCAUGAGGGAGAGCAUAUGGAGGAGGAACAUGAUGGAGCUGAGGGACCUGGUGAGCUCACACGGUAUCCUGGAGGACCUUAUGAUUUGUAUGUCCUUACACGAUACCGUUAUCAUGUUUCAGCUAGACUAUGGUUUGGCGAGGAGCGACCAUUGCUGAAAAUUGUUGCGCAUGGGAAGAAAAUGCAACAAUUUACUCCGCCGGUACUUCCGCGACCCAUAGAGAAUUGGGUGAAUUUGUCUGGUCUGAACCCAUUACAACGGGGUAGUUUGAAGAUGAUCGACAACAACUUGAUAUCUGCCUUUGUUGAAAGAUGGCAUUCUGAGACAUCGUCAUUUCACAUGCCAUUUGGUGAAAUGACGAUUACUUUGGAUGAUGUUGCCAAUCUUCUCGGAUUGCCUAUUAGGGGUGAGUUCUACAGUCCACCCGAUGUAGAUAGAGUAACAGCAUGUAAUCUUGCCGUCCAUCUAUUAGGAGUGACCACGGAAGAGAUCUGGGAGGAGACCAGAAAGACUAGAGGUGCACACUAUAGAUUGGAUUGGUUGAAGGAGGUGUUCAGAAGGCAGUGUGCAGCAGAGAGGUUUGACUGUGCUGCUAGGGCAUAUCUGUUGAAUUUAGUCGGGAGUACUAUUUUCGCUGAUAAGAGUCAUACUCUAGUUGAUGCGAAGUACCUCCCUUUAUUCAGAUAUUUAGAUGGUAUAGAUAGAUAUGCAUGGGGUACUGCUGCACUAGUGGUGCUUUAUGACUACCUCUCAGAUGCCUGCUAUUAUGACACCAAACAGCUAGGUGGAUACAUGACGUUGCUUCAGUGCUGGAUUUACAAAUAUUUUCUGAAUAUUUGUAAUAGAGGUGAUUAG